CACAAACAUAAAACAUACAUAUAUACACAUAGAUCUAAAAAUAAAAAGGCUAAUCAUAAUGAGUUCCAAAGGAGAGAGUUCUAGUUAUACCGCGGACCGUAAGGUGAAGAAAGAAGCAGCGAGUGUGAUUCCCGUUAAGAGGAAGCUUGUCAAGACUAUGGCCUUCGAAGCCAUUAUCUCUGCCUUUUCUCCCUCCGGUAUUAGCCGGAUCACUGAUCACUCUAAAGGCGACGGCCACGGGAAGGGCAACGACGGGCGGAUCUGCCCCACUCAUCCUUGAGUGGUCCUUUUCUUGGGAUUUAGGAUAUUUGCGCCGCCAUGAUCUUUUGUAGGGUUGAUAUAUAUAUAAUAAUAUGUUGGUAAUCUCAUCGUGUAAGCUUUUGUAAUUCUGCUUCUCUUUGUGUUUCUGUUUUAAGUUGAAUGUUUCCAGCAACCGGUAGGGGUGAUUAUGUUGUCCUCUUUUGUAAAUAAACCACUUAAGUUGUGAUCAUUUUGAGGAGUUGUAUUUGUGGU